GGCAUAAAUCCAUUUCUUGAAGCAUCAGUAACUGUUUCAGCAUAUUACAGUUUGGGUACUCUGUUUUGGUUUUAAGAUCUGUUUCAGGAUUUUGUUGUAAGAAAAGAAGAAAAAAUGUUGGCAAUAUUCAACAAACAGUUAGUGAAUCCACCACAGGAGCUGCAUAGCCCAGCUUCUUUAGCAUCAUCAAGAAAGCCAAAGUUUCCUCAGCAAAUUCUUCAAGAUUUUGUUUCUUCUGAUCCUUCUAAUGCGUUCUGUAUUAGCUUUGGUGGUGCUGCUUCUCUCGCCUAUAUUCCACCUAAAAAUCAUCACUUUGUUAACCAGAGGUUAUUCUGUGGAUUGAAUGACAUGUACUGCAUUUUCUUGGGGAGCUUAAACAACUUGUGUAGCCUUAUUAGACAGUAUGGGCUAUCAAAAGGAACCAAUGAGGCUAUGUUUGUAAUUGAAGCAUAUAGGACCUUACGUGACCGUGGGCCAUACCCGGCCCAUCAAGUCCUCAAGGAUUUGGAGGGCACUUUCGGAUUUGUGGUUUAUGACACUAAAGCUGGACAUGUCUUUGCUGCUCUGGGUGCAGAAGAAGGGGUGGAAAUGUACUGGGGAAUUGCAGGUGAUGGUUCUGUUGUAAUAUCUGACAACUUGGAGGGCAUAAAAGGAAGCUGUGCAAAGUCAUUUGCACCAUUUCCAAAAGGGUGCAUGUUCCAUAGUGAACAAGGGUUGAUGAGUUUUGAGCAUCCAAAGAGCAAAAUGAAGGCAAUGCCAAGAAUUGAUAGUGAAGGAGUAAUGUGCGGAGCUAAUUUCAAGGUUGAUAGUCAGUCAAGGAUAAGCACCAUGCCUCGUGUUGGCAGUGAAGCCAAUUGGGCUCUCAGUGGUUCUCAAGUCUAAAUGCUUUGCGCUUAACUAAUCAAAUCGGGAUAAACAGCCUGACCUAGAAUUAAUUAUACUGUCUUCGUUUUACUUUGUCUCUCUUUCUGAAUCUUGUUUAUAUUUUCUGAUGCUUUUCAAAAUUCGACUUUAUCUUUUCUUUGUAAUCAUGCUUUGGUAAUUCAAGUUUAUCAUUUGAGCA